CAGAUAGGCCGGCCAAGAACAUAAUAAAUUAAAAAAUGGGUCUGUUGUAAUCGAUCGGCAGGAAGGUUUAGAUCAGAAGCUGAAUUGAAGGUGCAGCGCAGGCGGGUGAGAUCAGCAGAUAUGAUGAAAGAAGGGAAGAAAUGGCAGCGCCGCAAUGUGGGGCGUUUCUGGUCCGGUCAAGUAGUCACGGCCAACAACUUGCUGCUUCUUUUGUAUACCGCCGCCUUUGCUGUUAGGACGGAGGGUCUGGAUCAGACCGACCUUGAGUCCCUUGAAUACAAUGUAAUGAUGGAGCUGAAUCGUAGUCUCACGUUCCCGGCCGGAGUAGAGUACCUAUGGAAUUGGAGUCAUCCCGAUCCGUGCAAGUGGUCCGGCGUGUUGUGUGCGUAUAGACCGUACCAGUAUAAUUACUCUUUUGUUUUCAUUAUCAACAUUGAGGGUGUGAAUAUCAGUGGGACUCUGCCGGGAAGCCUGGGAAACCUCACCCAGUUGUAUGCGUUCGCCGCCGCCGACAACCGCCUCACCGGCCCACUUCCGGACUUUGCCGGGUGCUCAUAUCUCGGGGGGCUCGGCGUUGCCCGCAACCUGUUCACUUCAAUCCCGCCAACUCUGUUUCGCAAUAAGACUGUACUCUAUGGGGUUAGUCUAGACUACAACAUUUUGCUCCAGCCCUGGAAAAUUCCCGAAGAUCUGAGCUCCUCUUCACACCUCACCGUGUUCAAAGCCACCGGUUGCAACAUUAAUGGAGACUUCCCCAGCUUCUUCAACAACGACAUCUUCCCCAACUUAACGCACCUCCAGUUGGCCAACAACCAUUUGUCCGGGCACCUCCCUCCCAGCCUGCCCCAACGUUUGGAGACUUUGUGGCUGAGUAACCAAACCGGAACCGCCGGCUCAGGUUUGUCCGGCAGCAUCUCCGGUAUACGGAACUUGAGCCACAUUACACAACUCUACCUCCACCGGAACAAAUUUUCCGGGGAAAUACCCGAGGUGUCCAGCCUCCGGUCAAUGACGGAAUUCAUCGUCCGUGACAAUAAUCUUACCGGUCCGGUGCCGGAGUCUUUGGCAGGAAUCUCUACACUCAUAGAAGUGGAUCUGUCCAACAAUAACCUGAAUGGAUCUGUCCCUAAUUUCAAAAUAAAUGUGACUACAUGUGGAAAUCCAGGUUUAGGGAAAAGAGGGCGUCCAUGCUAGCUAGCUAGGUACUAGUGAUCGAAGCUGGGCAUUCGAAGAUGAUCGAUCCGUGCAGUACUGCAGUGGUUUGGUUGAUCAUAUACUACGUAUUAUGUUUUUGUGUUCGUUCCUUGGUUUUAUUUAAUUUUAGUGUCUCAUGUAAUGGUCGAUGUCUCUCUUUCAAUUAAAGUAUUAAUGUAUUAGAGUAACCAUGUGCUAGUUAUUGUGUUUUUGAUAUUAUCUCCAAGCGGUCGUUUGUAAUUUGUGGAUUCAAACGUUAUAGGUAGUAUGAUAUUGCUAGUCAUUCUUGAAUAAUUGCAAUGUUAAGUCGGGC